AUGGUCUCCGGUGCCGGACCCUCCGGCGGGGCAGCCCACUCCGCGUCCACCGGUGGUGGGGGCGGCUCCCCCUCCGACAGGGGCGGCGCCGCGCCCUCGGCCUCGGCGUCGGUCUCCACGCCAGCCAGCGAGAGCACCGUCGCCCGCUGCCUCAACGGACUUGACCUCCAGGGCGACGACGCGCCAUCGUUGAAGCCAGCCGCGAGCAAGAAGAAAAAGAGAGGGACACAUGCAGUUGGUCCUGACAAAAAUGGCCGUGGAUUGCGCCAAUUUAGCAUGAGAGUCUGUGAGAAAGUCGAAAGCAAAGGGAGAACAACCUACAAUGAGGUGGCAGAUGAACUGGUUGCUGAGUUUUCAGAUCCCAAUAUCAAUAUUGACUCUCCAGAUCCUGAUAAUCCCUCUGCGCAACAAUAUGAUGAGAAAAAUAUUCGAAGAAGAGUUUAUGAUGCGCUGAAUGUCCUAAUGGCUAUGGAAAUUAUAUCUAAAGAUAAAAAGGAAAUACAAUGGAGAGGCUUGCCCAAGACAAGUAUGAAUGAUAUUGAAGAAUUGAAGACAGAGGUCAUUGGACUGAAAGGUCGGAUUGACAAGAAAAAUGCAUAUCUGCAGGAUUUACAAGAUCAAUAUGUAUGUCUCCAAAACUUGGUUCGACGGAAUGAGCAGCUAUAUGGGUCGGGAGAUGCACCCUCCGGUGGAGUGGCCUUGCCAUUUAUACUAGUUAAGACACGUCCUCAUGCAACUGUAGAAGUGGAGAUAUCAGAAGAUAUGCAGCUUGUGCAUUUUGACUUCAAUAGCACUCCUUUUGAGUUGCAGGAUGAUACCUUUGUACUGAAAGCAAUGGGAUUAUCUGGCAAAGAAGAAACUGAUUGUACGCAAGCUCCUGUUGUGAAUGGAGCGUAUUACACGUUCUGGGCCGUCGACGUGGAUGCUCGGCUUCCGGGUUUUGAUGCUACGGCGCGGCCCAGCUGGCUCCAUGGCUUCCCCUCCGGCUUGCCGCUGAUGCCAUCAGCGCUGUUGACAAGUUGCAGCUACGACUGCAGCAUAAGCUGCCGCAACGCGAGCAGGCCUUACCUGUCACUGUUGAAGUCGCGGGCUGGGCUCAUACUCGGAUUCUAG